GAUCUUAACCUCAAAGUCUCGCUUUCUAUUUUCCUCAUUGUUUUUUUUAUCAUUUCCCGUUCCCACUCUCUCUCUUGAAAACCAGCUAAAAUCUUCUCUUUCUCUCUCUAACUUUCUUUCUUUUGCUUUCUUCUUCCUAUUUCUUUUAGCUGCAAAAAAUUAGGGCUAAAAAGGCAGAUCUCUCUUCAUCUUCUCCAAUGGAAGCGCAGUGCAUGGGAUUCUUGCAUUAAGAAUCUGGUUCUUUUACGAAAUUUUGGAGUCAUUUUGAUUGAUGCUUUCUCUUUGAAACUGGUGUCUGAUGGAGUCAUUUAUUUGGAGCCGCAACGCCAAGCCAGACGCGUUGCAUUUCCUCUUGGCGGUUUACUUCGCGUUCGGUUUCGUUGCCGCCAGGUUCUUCCUUGACAAAGUCAUUUUUCGCAGGUUGGCUAUCUGGUUGUUGAGUAAGGGAUCUGGUCCUUUGAAGAUGAAUGAGGCUACACGGGCAAAAAUUGUGAAAUGCUCAGAGUCUAUGUGGAAGCUAGCCUACUAUGCUACUGUUGAAACAUGUGUUCUCAGAAUCACCUACUAUGAGCCAUGGUUCAGUGAUACAAAAGAGUACUUAAGGGGCUGGCCAGAUCAAGAGUUGAAUCUUCCCUUAAGCCUUUACUACAUGUGCCAAUGUGGAUUCUACAUCUAUAGCAUUGCGGCACUCCUUACAUGGGAGACUCGAAGGAAGGAUUUUGCUGUGAUGAUGUCUCAUCAUAUAAUUACUGUUAUCCUGAUUGGAUACUCAUACAUUACAAGGUUUUUCCGCAUUGGUACAAUUAUCCUUGCCCUACAUGAUGCAAGUGACGUGUUUAUGGAAGCAGCUAAAGUUUUCAAAUAUUCUGAAAGGGAGCUUGGAGCAAGUGUGUUCUUUGGAUUGUUUGCCAUCUCUUGGCUCUUGUUACGUUUAAUAUUCUUUCCAUUUUGGGUCAUCAGAACUUCAAGCUAUGAUGUGAGGGAGUACAUGAAUCUUUCCGAGGCAUUCCCCAGAUUCCUGUACUAUGUUUGCAAUACUCUGUUGCUGAUGCUGCUUGUGUUCCAUGUCUAUUGGUGGGUUCUUAUAUGCUCAAUGAUCAGGAGACAAUUGAACAAUAGAGGGAAGGUUGGAGAAGAUAUUAGAUCUGAUUCUGAGGAUGAUGAUUAGACAGAAGAUUUCAUAAAUUUUUUUGCUCUUGCUGGCAAUGUUAAGCCCUGAGGAGAUUACUUCUUGUAGGUUUUUCUCUGCACUCAAUUGGUCAUAUUACUUUGGGGUAAAAAUCCUCUAUUUGUUUCAAUUUUUGAUUGAUUCUUCUCAGGAUAGAGAUGUAGGAAGUAGGAUGAUCAAGCAUGCCUUGAUUUCUUUUUUACUGUAUAAACGAUAGGCAAUUACUGUAUAAUUGUUUUCUUUGGAUAAACUCCUGUUUUGGGAUUAGUCAUCAUAAGGAGAAAUGAAUACAAGGGAAGGUUAUCUUUGUUGAAUG